GCGUCAGUUAGAAGGCAAACCCAUAUGGAAUACCAGUUUUCUCCCUUGCUUGUUGUUUCCUUCAUCAUCUUGUUCUUGACGUUCCUUUGGUUUAGAAAACCAAGAAAUAAAGCGACGAUUAAAGUGCCAGGGCCAUGGAAGCUUCCCCUGUUGGGAAACCUUCAUCAGUUAGUAGCAGCAGAGUCACCACUUCCACACUAUGCCCUUCGAGAGCUAUCUCUCAAGUAUGGGCCUCUCAUGCACCUUCAACUUGGUGAGACUUCAACAGUGGUCGUGUCAUCCCCAGAUUUGGCUAAGCAGAUUAUGAAGACACAUGAUCUUUCCUUUGCGCAGAGGCCACAAACUUCUACUGCUAAGAUUUUUACGUAUGGAGGAUCUGAUAUUGCUUUUGCUCCUUACGGUGAUUACUGGAGACAGAUGAGAAAAAUAUGUAUUUUAGAGCUCUUGAGCGCCAAGAAGGUUCAAUCAUUCUCCUAUGUACGACAAGAUGAGGUAUCUAAGCUUAUAGAGUCAGUUCAAUCAUCAGUAGGUUCGGUUUUGGAUCUCUCGAGCGAGAUUUACUCAUUUACUAGUUCUAUAGUUAUGAGGGUAGCAUUUGGCGACAGACAUAAAAAUAAGGAUCAACGGCAGCCGCUGAAAUUGCUCCGUGCAGCUUUAGAACAAUUGAGCGGAUUUCAAUUUGCUGAUUUGUUUCCUUCCAUGAAACUUAUCCAUCUCAUAACUGGAAUGGAAGCAAAGUUGAUGAAGGCUCAUAAGAAUAUAGACAAAUUUUUUGAUGAUAUUAUCAAGGAGAAUCAACAGAAGAUAAUAAUGAGAUCAGCAGAAGGAGACAAGAGUAGUGAUGAUGAUGCUUUGGAGGAAGAAAAUCUUGUUCAGGUUCUUCUACGAAUCCAGCAAAGUGAAAGCCUUGACGUUCCUAUUACGACUGACAACAUCAAAGCUGUUAUUUGGGAUAUGUUCGGCGGUGGAACAGAUACCUCAGCAACAGUACUAGAAUGGGCCAUGUCAGAAAUGAUGAAAAAUCCUAAAGUGAUGGAAAAGGCGCAAGUUGAGGUGAGAAACGUUUUCAAUGGGAAGAAAGUAAUUAAUGAAAGUGAUAUGGUGCAACUUAGCUACUUAAAAUCAGUAGUCAAAGAAACUAUGAGGUUGCACCCACCAGUUCCUUUAUUGAUUCCAAGAGAAUGCAGAGAAACUUGCAAGAUUAAUGAGUAUGAAAUACCCAUCAAAACUCAAAUUAUAACAAAUGCAUGGGCAAUCGGAAGAGAUCCAAAUUAUUGGUACGAUGCAGAGAGGUUCAUACCGGAGAGGUUCCAAGGUAAUUCUGAUAUUGAUUUCAGAGGAACAAACUUCGAGUUCAUUCCCUUUGGAGCAGGAAGAAGAAUGUGUCCAGGGAUUUCAUUUGGUUUAGCAAGCAUUGAGCUUCCUCUAGCUAGUUUACUCUAUCACUUUGAUUGGAAACUCCCACGUGGAGUGAAGCCUGAGGAUUUAGAUAUGACUGAAGAACUUAGCGUUACAGAUAGAAGGAAGAACCAUCUGUGUUUGAUUCCCACGCCAUACAAAUAUUGAUUCUCUUCUUGGAAGCUCCUAAUAAUUGUGAUAUUUGCGUGUUUGUUUUGAAUUCAAUAAUGUUAAUAUUCCGUGC